AUGGCGAGGAAGCGAGGGACCGCGGAGGAGGAACGGGAGGAUGACGGAAUGGAUGAGCGGCUGAAGCGAAGGUGGGCGGCGGGGAUGGGGUCCGAUCCCGACAGCGACUCGGAGUACGAUUCGGAGGACGACGACGCGGGAGACGAGCGGGGGCACGGAGGCGCUGCUCGUGCACGCGCCACGCAAAGCGACGAAGGCGCCGGCUCCAGCGACGACGACGAGGCGCGACAGGGCCUUGAGCGCGACAGCGAGAGCGGCGAGAGCAGCUCUGAGGACGAAGGGGAGGCCGGCCUCGAGUCCAGCGACGACGAGGAGCCAGGCGACGGCCUCGCGGACGUCCCUCUCGAGGAGCGCGCGCACCUGGGCGCAGACGGCACGGACGGCACGCGCGGGCACAUGCACCCUUCGCGGCUCCGUGCGGCCGCCGCCGCGGCCGACGCGCUGCCCGGGGACGCCCGGGGCCUCAGGAAGCGGGGCGGCGCGGAGGGGCGGGCGGGCGGCGGCGGCGCGGAGGAGAGACCGCCGCCGAAAAAGCGCGUGAAACGCGCGAACAAGAACCGGCCCGUGGAGGUGUCUAGCGCGCGGCCGGUGAGCCGUUUCCGCGACGUGCUGGCGGAUGCGGACGUCGGGGUUCCGAAGCGCGAGGUCCGGGACCCUCGCUUCGACCCGAUGGCGGGGGAGUAUAACGAGGCAGCCUUUGCCAAGAGGUAUAAGUUUUUGUACGACGAGCGGCUCCCGGAGGAGCGCGCGGCGCUCGCGGCGGCGGCGAAGAGGGCGAAGAGCGCGGCGAAGCGGGCCGAGCUGCAGCGCGCGCUGUCGCGCGUCGAGCAGCAGCUCGCAAAGGAGUCGGCGCGGCGGCGGUCGGAGAGGGUGGAGAGGGAGGCGCGGGCGAAGGAGAAGGCGGCGAUCGCGGGCGGGAAGCGGCCGUUCUACUUGAAGAAGUCGGUGAAGCGGGAGCUGGAGCUGCUAGAUAGGUACAAGGAGUUGAAGAAGAAAGGGGAAAACAAGAUUGACAAGUUCCUGGAGAAGAAGAGGAAGAGGAACGCGGCGAAGGACCACCGGUACCUGCCGUCGGCGCGCCGGACCGCGGCGGAGUGA